AGAAACCUCGUAGUAUGCAUUGAUGGUACAUCGAAAAAGUUUGGAUCAAAGAAUACCAACGUCAUCCGUCUCUAUGAGCAAGUCAGAAAGUCUGAGCAGCAACUCACGUAUUAUGCGAGUGGCAUUGGCACUUAUGCUAGACCUUCGUGGCGGUCCCUGACGUACUGGAAGCAAAAAUUACUUUACAAGCGGAUCGAUCUAGCAAUUGCGUGGAACCUUGAAACAGUCAUCAUGGACGUUUACCGCUGGUUGGCGGAUAACUAUCGACAAGGCGACAAAAUCUACCUAUAUGGAUUUUCUCGCGGUGCAUAUCAGGCUCGCGCGGUGGCUGGAAUGAUUGACAAGGUCGGACUUUUGUUUCCCGGAAACAACGUACAAAUACCUUUUGCGUUCGAACUGUAUGCGUCUCUAGACAGCUCGAGUAGGCAUAAGAACAUUGAAAGGAACAAGCUCGCGGAGAGAUUUAAGGACACGUUCUGCCACCCCAACGUCUCUGUUCACUUUCUUGGCGCUUGGGAUACUGUAUCAUCGGUCGGGUUCACAGGAGAAACACUUCCAGCUACGAGAUCAUGCGCACACAUCAAGAUAUUUCGGCAUGCGCUGGCUCUCGAUGAGCGUAGAGUCAAGUUUCUACCGGAAUACGUC